UACGGCUACUGCUUCCGGGGCAGCUCCCUGCGAACCGGGAUUGCGGUGCUCGGCUUUCUUGGUUCCUGUGGAGCUAUGCUUUCGCCCGCAAUGAGCUUCCUUAAAAGCUUCCCGCCCCCUGGGUCCGCAGAUGGACUCCGGCUGCAGCAGCCAGACACCGAAGCUGUGCUGAACGGGAAGGGGCUCGGCACCGGCACGCUUUACAUUGCGGAGAGCCGCCUGUCUUGGCUAGAUGGUUCUGGAUUAGGAUUCUCACUGGAGUACCCCACCAUUAGUUUACAUGCAGUAUCCAGGGACCCAAAUGCUUAUCCUCAAGAACAUCUGUAUGUCAUGGUGAAUGCCAGAUUUGGAGAAGAAUCAAAAGAACCUUUCUCUGAUGAAGAUGAGGACGACAAUGAUGAUGUUGAACCCAUUUCUGAGUUUAGAUUUGUGCCCAGUGAUAAGUCAGCAUUGGAGGCAAUGUUCACAGCAAUGUGUGAGUGCCAGGCCCUGCAUCCAGACCCUGAGGAUGAAGACUCGGAUGACUAUGAUGGAGAAGAGUAUGAUGUGGAAGCACACGAACAAGGACAGGGGGACAUCCCUACAUUUUACACCUAUGAAGAAGGACUAUCCCAUUUAACAGCAGAAGGGCAAGCCACGCUGGAGAGAUUAGAAGGAAUGCUUUCUCAGUCUGUGAGCAGCCAGUAUAAUAUGGCAGGCGUCCGAACAGAAGAUUCAGUAAGAACUUACGAAGAUGGCAUGGAGGUAGAGACUACACCAACUGUUGCCGGACAGUUCGAGGAUGCAGACGUUGACCACUGAGGAUGACUCGUGAGACUUACAGUGAAUUCUGCUCAUAACUAUAGGCAAGAACUUGAUGCCGCUUCACUCCAGAAUGGAGCUGGUGAAAGGCUUUUUUCUUCUCCAAAACUCAUUUCUCAAGACAAACUAUAAUGAGACAGCAAGCUGUCACCAGCAGAAAAGACUCUGACCUCUAUUAACAAAGGUGAAUUAACUGAACGGGUUUUUGUAGUUUCUCAUUUACCCCCAAGCUUCCUGUGUCUAGUUAUCUUCUGAGAGGGCCUCUAAUUCCUACCUUUGCUGUGUGCAGUCUGUCAGCUGCGAGGCCUGUGUAGUUAAAUGUACAGAGCUCACGCUGGGCAAAAGUGAGGUGGGGAGCUUAGAUGUCUCUGGGACUUAGGAGGACUCUCUGAUCCCUGAGAUAGAAAGUAAAGGCCUCUGAGGGCACAGCCUUUAGCAUUCUCCACAGAUGCAUGGGUCCUCUACUGGGGCUCAGCCACAUCUCAUCAUGACAAAUGCUUGUGUGCUACUUCUGUUCCUCCUCAUUUACCAUCAGCUCUGUUACGUUCUCCUAGCUUAGGUCCUUGACUGUCACAGAGUAAAUCAUCUGAAAUGAAGUCUGCAAAGUACUCUCAAUGAUAUUUUGUCUUUGUAAUAGUUAAAUAAAUCUGGGUUUUCUAUAUCA